UAAAAAGUUUAUUUAAAUUCAAAUGUGACUCAUUUUUCUAUGGAUUUAAUGCUUGUCUGUAACUUUCCUCAUGGACUUGUAUUGUUUUAUCUAUCAGGUGGCGUACUCUUAUAGUCAUGCAAUUUAUGACCAUAAACAGACACUGCAUAUCUGACCGUAUAUAUGUCUGUUUGUUUGUUUUAUUAGAUGUUAAAAACGUAUGUGAGAUAGCGUUUUCUCGCAAACGUAGAACAAACCGCCAACAUGAAGCUAGUGUUCGCCGUUGUUGUAGCAGCCUGUUUGGCGGGGGUAUGCCGCUCGGGCCCCAUCCCGCGUCCUCACCCUCUUGCAGAAGCUUUAGCGAAAGCCUUACCUCAGAACAGUGGUGCCAUCAAUGACUUCUUGACUGGCCUUAGUGAGCUUCUGCAGAAUUUACUACAAGCUCUGCUUGGUGGUGGAGAUGAUUGCAAUCAAGGCGGUGGUGGAGAUGAAGGCGGUGACGGAGAUAACAGCGGUGGAGGAGAUGAAAAUCAAGGCGAUGGCGGGGAUGAAGGCGGUGACGGAGAUAACAGCGGUGGAGGAGAUGAAAAUCAAGGCGAUGGCGGGGAUGAAGGCGGUGACGGAGAUAACGGCGGUGAUGGACGUAAUAGAGGGGAUGGAGGUGAUGGCAGUGAUGGAGGUGAUGGAAGUGAUGGAGGAGAUGGAGGAGAUGGAAGAGAUAGAGGUGAAAGAAGUGAUGGAAGUGAUGGAGGUGAUGGGGGCGAUGGAAGUGAUGGAGGUGAAGAAAGUGAUGGAGGUAAAGAAUGUGAUGGAGGUGAUGGAGGUAAAGAAAGUGAUGGAGGUGAUAAAGGAGAUGGAAGUGAUGGAGGUGAUGGAAGUGAUGGAGGUGAUGGAAGUGAUGGAGGGGUCGGGGGUGAUAAAUGUGAUGGUGGAGAUGGAGGAGAUGGUGGUAAAGGUGAUAACGGCGGAGGUAGCGGCGACUGCCCUCCGUGUGAAACCUAUAUUCAACCUAUUCGUACUCGCGUCGUGAACCGUUAUUACGGUUAAAACGCUAUUAGUGAGUAACUUAUAUUCUUAAGACUGAACCAAAAUGUGUAUCAAAUUAAACGAUUUAUUUUUGUUAUUUUCAGUUAUGUUCUUGUCAUAGCUACAAUUUACAUAAAAUAUAUAUAUACAUUACAUCUAUUUUACGAUUGUACUUACAAUUUUCUAAUUCUAAUAUUUUAACCAUUUCUUGGAAUAGACUAAUUUAACUGUAAUACAGAUUUAUGAUGAAAAAGUACUGGUUUGCCGAGGUUCGAACUCAGACCAAUCUUUUACCAGGCAUUUAAACUAAUUAAUAACAAUACUUCUUUAUAGGUUAUUUUAUAAAUACUUAGUAUUAUUAAUUAUUAUUUCAUGUAUAUUUGCUUAUUUAAACAAAUAUGUCGAGGAAAUAACUAAAUAUGAAUAUUAUUCAUAAACAAAGUGAGAGCUUCCUUAUAAAUGUGUGCCUGUAUGUCUUCACUUAAUUUACCCAUUUCUGUUUACAUUUUUAACACUUUCGAUAUUUUAAUAUUGCUAGCAACCUGCCAACCGAGUUAUAAAUUCGCAUGAAUUGAGGCAGACAGCGGGCAUGAUCAGUAAGAUUUAAAUUCAGUAGGAGAUUAUGCAAUUUAGGAAGGCUUUGGUAUCUACAAUAUUAUUGAACUCUUUUAACUCACACGACUUUAUUGGUAGGUUAAAUUAAUAAUACAAACAAAUUGGUAGGUAAAUUGUACCCUGAACACAAGCAGCCUCCAGGUUACGAUUUAGCCAGCUUCUAAAGUUCAUCAAAUUGAAUGCAUUGUGAUUUCCCUAGGUCCUUACUGACCUGUGUUUUUAUAUCCGAUGUUCUUACUGCUGUCCCAGGACAGUUUGGUAAUGUCCAAGCCUGGCAGAAAAUUGAAACAACUCGUUGUAUGGAUUCACUCGGGAUUUAAUUUUCGCUACUAUUUCGUCCGUAAGGCCAUUAAUGAACUGGGGUUUCGUUUUAUAGACGUUGUUUUUAAUGUGACCCCACACAAAGUAGUCGUGGAGAUAGAUUUAGCGGUCUUGGUGGCCACUCGAUACUUCCUCUUCUGUAUAUCCAGUGAUUUGGAAAACCGCGAAGCCUUAAAAAGUCAUUGAUAAUUUUCUGUUGCGAUUUUCUGUAUUUUAUUUGCGCUAAAAAUACAAUUUUCAUAGUAGUGAUCGCCAGGUUCUCCGAAAUAGCCGUAAUAAACUAACCUUGAAUGGGGAAUAUUACUAAUUACGGGAACUUUAGUCAGACAGUCCAUAAACAUGUUAGAGUUCUCUUUAUUUUCAAGUCUGUUGAGGUUUUGUAAGAUAUAAAAUAAAACAGUUCAACAUAAAUUCAAAGCUCAAAUUUCUAAACAAAACCAGUAGUAAUUUUAUAAACAUUUAACAAAAAUAUAAUAUAUUUAUAAUCUCAUUGAUAUAUUUUUAAUAUGCACUAUCUAGAAAAGCAAUAAUUGUCUACUAAGAUCAAUAUUUUCAAAUCUGGUCAGAUAUAACUUACAAAAUUGUUGAGAACUUCUUUAAGGGAAGAAUGUUUCUUAUACGAAUGUUUAAAUACAACUGUUAUAAGGAAAGAAUUUACUUUAUACCAAAUUUAACGGGUAUUAUGUGAAGACUACAAAAGGCUCAAAGGAAACAUUCAAAGAAGCUAUGUAAGGUUGGUAACAUCUCCCUCCCCUUUUCCCCACUUCCUCUAGCAGCAGGCACAGCCUAACAAAACCUCUCGUG